AGCUUUCAUUCACUACGGAUUUGUCGAGUAUAGAAGGUCUUUGUGCGACUUUUAUUCCUCCGUGUCUGUUGAUUUUUUUUCCCUUUCUUCAGCGCGUUUGUACCCGUGCGUUGUUUUCAGUGUGCAGUCUCACGGCGCGCAGUCGAGCUUUUCUCUUGGUGAACUUUGAGUUUUUUGCACAACCUACCUGAGUUGUGUGUCUCUUCCCUGCACGCCUUCACUCCUCUCCACCAUGGAUUUGGUUUGGAUUGUGGGCUUCGUUGUGAGCGUCUGCGCCUGGUGUGCUUCAGCGGAGCGACACAGCGUCUAUUGGAACAGCACGAAUCCAAAGUUUCUAUGGGACGACUACACUGUGGAGGUGAAGCUCAACGACUACCUGGACAUCGUCUGCCCACAUUACCCUCAGGGUGAGGUGCCACUGCUGGACGCCGAGCGCUACGUGCUCUACAUGGUGGAACGAGAGGACUUUGAAACCUGCAAGCCUCAGUCGUACGAUCAGAUGCGCUGGGAGUGCGGACAUCCGUUUGCCCCUCAUGCACCAGAGAAGUUCUCAGAAAAGUUUCAGAGAUUUACUCCGUUUACUCUGGGGAAGGAGUUCCGCCAAGGAGAAAGCUACUAUUAUAUCUCUAAACCUUUGCACCACCAUGGUCAGGAGUGCCUCAGGCUCAGGGUGGACGUUGUAGCUGCUGAUGGCUCUCAAGAAGCCAGAGUGGCUAAAGGAGGCACAGGUGGGGCUGGAGUUGGAACUGGGGGUGGGGUUCACAACCCGUCCAACAGACUGCCUGCAGCAGAUGACCCGGUAGUGAUCCUGCCUGAUGUCCAGAAGAGCGUACGGACAAGCUCUGCAGUGGCAGCCACUUCCCUCUCGAUUCUCUCACUGCUAGUCCCGUUUUCACUACUGCUAUUGUUGCACUGAGAGGACAAGAAAGAACUGCAGUUGGCAGACGUUCUAAUUUUUUUCAGGGACUACAAUGAAGACAGUCCGUGGGGAUGAAACCACUGACUCAAAAAGACAGUUUUCCGUGCCCAGUGCUGGCCACAGGGAGAGACUUUUGAAGCUUUUAAAGUACAGCUGGACUCUCUUGCACUACACGUGCUGAGCAACUCCUGAGCAUUUGAGACAAAGUAUGUGUGCUUUGUGUCAUUUUUCAAAAGUGACAGCCGUUUUCGCUUUGGAACACCAAUUUUUUAGGGCUCUCUCCAAAACCAUGAACCUCUUUGGAUGAUAACCUUAAAAGAAAGCAUGAAGGCGUGGAAGAGAAACCCAAAAUGGCCGAGGAACAAUCAAGAGGAACUCUGUUUGAGUUCUAAAGAUAUAGGGUGUAAUUGGAAAAGUGUUCUCUGACCCUUUGAGCCAAAGAUCAGUCAUCUCUCCAACUUGUACACUAUUCCACCCUUGAGUAUUGUGUACUAUUUGUCGUAUUGUUCUUGUGAUGGUAUUGAGUGGCAUUGAUGUCCCAAGUGAUUACUUUCUUUAAAUGUAGCAUUGACAGACACAAGGGCUGUUCUCAUCAUGACCAUUCCUUUGCAAACUCGACCAUGUGCUUAUAUACUGUAGCACUAAUCCUGCACAGUACAGACACACCAUCAUACACUCCACGCGGCACGCACACUGACAUCAGAUGACAUAUAAAGACACCACAUUGAACUGUGUUAUGUGUGCAUUCUGUGAAGAUAAUUUAUGACAUUUGCAGCUGAGAAGUUUUAGUGUAUAUACCAUAAAGGAAAUGUUUACUGUU